AUGACUGAAGAUGCGCCAAUUGCCUCGCGGGGCGACAGGACCACUGUCCACGAGACGUCGCCUCUGCUUCCGCCGGAGGACCGACCAGGCCCCCGCAAGACCACCGCUCCUUCGCGUUAUCAGCUUCAAGAGCCUAAUCAUGUCGCGCUCCUCUGCUGCCUUGGGAUCUUCCUCUGGGUGCUCUCGGGCACAAUGGCCAUUGUGCCGGCGACGCGGAUCGCGGAGGAGCUCAUGUGCCACCGAUUCUACGGCCGCGAGGACGACAUCGACGAUGACUUGUGCAAGACGCCGGAGGUACAGUCGAGCAUGGCCUUCCUCUUCAGCCUCGUGUGGGUGCUGGACUGCGUUGCCGGCUUGGUCGUCGCCUUUCCGUUCGGCGCCCUCGCCGACCGGGCCCGCAAGCCCGUCUACAUCCUCGGCGCCAUCGGCCAGUCGAUCAACGUUGUGUGGGUAUUCUUUGUCUUCUACUUCUGGCGAACGCUCCCCAUAGAGCUGCUCCUCCUGGCACCCAUCUCCCAGCUCCUGGGCGGAGGACUGUUGGUGGCGACCGCAGUCUUGUAUGCAAUGAUGUCUGAUGUCCUCGCAACCGAAAACCGCGCUACGUGGUUUUUCUACUUUUCGCUUUCCGCGCAGGUGGCUGGCUUUGUCGGCUUACCGGUGGCCUCGGGGAUGAUGGAGGCCUGGUCGCCUUGGGCCCCUCUAGUUAUUGUCAUGCUGCUGGGGCCUCUCAAUGUUCUAUUGACAGUGUUCAUGCCGGAAACCUUGCAGUUGGCUGGAGUGAAAGUCCCUGAACGGCAGGUGAUUGCGGCGGACAAUCAGGGAUGUUGGAUGCGCAUCAAGUCCCAUGGCUCUGAGCAUCUGGGCCAUGCAAGGGAAGCGUUCAGGCUCCUGCGGAGCCGGUCGCUCGCUUUGAUUGUAACGUGCAUGGUGUUGGUGACACCCGUGGCGCAAGCAUUCUACGGGAUAUUCAUACAGUAUUUCAGCAUGCGGUUUCGGCGGCCCUUUACGGAGGCGGGCUAUGUUCUCUCCAUCCGGGGAGGCUGCAUACUGGUAAUAAUGGGGGCCGUCCUGCCUCUUCUGACAAGAUUCUUGUCGCCGGAGCGCACCAAGAUGCCUGCAUACCGGAGGGACCUGUGGCUGGCACGCGGUUCGGUUCUCUUUCUAAUUGUAGGCCUCGUGGCAAUGGCGGGGCCGAACGUCGGCUUCGUGAUAGCUGGGCUGAUCAUCUCCACCUUGGGGAGCGGCUUGGGGGCUCUCUGCCGGUCUCUGAUAACCAACUUCAUCGAGCCCGGGCAGACAUCACGUCUGUACACCCUCCUCAGUAUCUUGGAGACGCUGGGCUCACUGCCGUCCGGCCCCCUACUGGCAUGGGCCUUCGCCUGUGGGAUGCGUUUGCAGGGAUUCCUUUAUGGCCUGCCAUUCCUUGUUCUUGCACUUGUCAGUAUCCUGGCCGUCGUGGCUCUCUACGCGUUGCCGGGCAACAUAAGCUCUGGGGUGGCGGUUCGAACACCGAACGACGAGGAAGGGCAGGUCCGAGACCCAGAAUGUUGA